AUGGUGAGGACUAGGAGUGAUGUCACUGUGACGUCAUACUGGUCAUGUCAUGCAAGUUUUGGGCCCGACUGGAAGCAGGCAGCCCAGCAGGCAAGCCCAGCAGGCAAGCCCAGCAGGCAAGCCCAGCAGGCAAGCCCAGCAGGCAAGCCCAGCAGGCAAGCCCAGCAGGCAAGCCCAGCAGGCAGCCCAGCAGGCAAGCCCAGCAGGCAAGCCCAGCAGGCAAGCCCAGCAGGCAGCCCAGCAGGCAAGCCCAGCAGGCAAGCCCAGCAGGCAAGCCCAGCAGGCAAGCCCAGCAGGCAAGCCCAGCAGGCAAGCCCAGCAGGCAAGCCCAGCAGGCAAGCCCAGCAGGCAAGCCCAGCAGGCAGCCCAGCAGGCAGCCCAGCAGGCAAGCCCAGCAGGCAAGCCCAGCAGGCAAGCCCAGCAGGCAAGCCCAGCAGGCAAGCCCAGCAGGCAGCCCAGCAGACAGCUCCCUCUACUCCCUCCAAAGACCAUGGGUGCCAAACAGAUACCAUCAGCGGUGUGUAUUUGACCAGCCAACCUAAGAACCGCCGCUUGAAAUCUGUGUAA